CCAAGUCCAAAACCGGGUAAUAAUUGGUAAAUACCAAACGCCAAACAGCUGAUCCGUGACGUCACGUUUUCCCCUAUUUUGGUUAAAACCAGAAUCGCAGAAACGCAUUGGUAAAAUACCAACUAAGAACCGUUCCACGCUGAAAAUCGGCUAUAAUCACGACGCAUCAUUUGACAAGUAACACUUUGACAUCAGCUGAUAACAUUUCAAAAGGUGAUGUCAACAAACAGACAACAGUGAAGUUUUUCACAAAAUAAAACAAGAAACAGAUAACAAAAAGAAUAUCAGUUGUCCAGUUUAUGUUAAAUUUAUUAUCAAUAUUGUGGGUGUCUAUUUAUGGGGGCGUAUGGCAUUGUUUUGAGUUUCCUUGCGCAUGUAAACAGCAGCAAUAAUUAAUUCGGAACUAAUUGAAUAUCUUCAGCAGUAAAUCAUGCCUUGCCAGAUUAACCUGACAAGCAUCAAAGAGUUCUUUUACCAAAAAGAUGAUGAGCGAAAUCUGAUUUCUGCAGCAUUUCACAUGAUGACCAUUACUUUGAUUUCAAUGUCCCUUGGUGAUCUUACAUGGUUUAAAAUUGAUGGUCACAACUGUGUGCCUUAUCUGACAUUGGGGCAGUUUUUUUGGUUUGGGUAUUCUGAUGUUGGAGUGGAUUUUACUGAUCUCUCCUGCCUAGAUGGAACAUUAGUAAACCUGAUGAGAAUAAUAAUUCUUAUGUGCUUUAUGGCAAUUCUUUUCUCUCUCAUGGGAUUUUUUUUGGAUGUUAUCGGACCAAAAGCACUGUUAUAUCGAAUGCUAAGAAGGUAUUCUGUGGCAGGCACUGCAACUGUGCUGUUUAUUAUGUCAAUCAUAACAAUGUCAUAUUAUGUGAUAGUGCUGCUACAAAAUGCUAUAGAAUCAGAGUAUCCACGCACUUAUUAUGACAUUUCAUACGGGUUUGGAUUCUAUUUGGUUACAAUUGCUGGUGGUGUUGAAGCCUUAGGUUUACUCUACACUUUAAUCCUACCGUACAGAUCGUCUUACCAAGAAGACGAUCGAUGUCUUAUGGAUGGAUUUGAUGACAUGAGCCACUUCGAAAGCCCCACACCUCCACCGCCUUAUUCCGUUUUGCCACCACCUCCUCCUUAUACACCUUGAUUUCCUUUCGAAUAGAUUUGUAAAAUAAGAAUCUCCUAAUAAUAUAUGGGGUGCUUUAAUUUAAUUCUUGACAAAGUUUUUGCAGAGUUUAACGGUUUAACAAAAUAAUUGUUGUUGUUCUUUUUUGUUAUAAUUAAAGACUUUUUAAUGAACUAGGUGAGAGUAAAUAAUUAUGUUUAUUACAAGAAAAUAUAUGAAUGUUAAAAAUUUCUUAAGAAUGUUAUGUACUUACAAAAUAAUUAUCCGAUAUAUCUAUGCUGAUUUCUAAAUUAUAUAUCCUACUCUUGCUGGUGAUCAUUUAGGUUUGAAAACAACAAUUAUCUUUAAAUUGAACCUAAUUUUAUUUUUUAAGGAUAGAAAAUCGACCAGAAUGUCCAAAUUGGCUGAAUAAAAAAACACAAUUUAGAUCUAAUACUUUAAGUGAACUUAAAAGUUAGUUCGUUUAAUAAUAUAGAUACUAAAAGUAUUUUAUAUUCCAUAUAUAUUUUGCUAUUGUAUAGAAAGCAUUAUCAUUGUGAUAGAGGAUAUAUUUUUUCUAGUCUACAAAACAAAAAAAAGUAGGAUAGGAUAAUAAAAUGGGGUGCAUUUAAUUAUUUUACAGAUAUAUUAAAGUCUUUCCUACAAAUUAACUAAUAGAAUAACUGCACGCUUAACAUUUCCUUUGAAUCUCGUUGUUUAAAAAAAAAUUUAAAUCGUGUGCUAUUUCAUCUAUAUCAUAGCAUGAAAAAGUCCAUAUCGGAACCAAAGAUAAUUUUUGAGAAUUUUUAGUGUAUUUUGUUAGUUUUAAGGUGCAAAACGUGACCAUCUUUCAAAACAAUCAUUUAUCAUCCAACCCGUGUUGUUUGCAAAAUAUUGCAUUAUCUUAACUAGCGGAUUAUUAUUGUAAAGUGAUAUAAGCAUACCUAUAAUUAUUAUAAAUAGUUUUGUAUUGCUUUAGAAGACAAAAUGGGGUAAAUGGGCCUUGGAUUUAUAACAUUCACAAGAACAAACAAAAAAGUAGUAUGUUUCAUACCUAUUGGAUAAUAGAGCCUUUUUAAAAUAUUUUCCCUCUUUGCUCUAAUAAAUUAUACUAAUUGUAAUCCAGUAAGUUUAUAAAAUGACGUGGUUUAGAAAAGGAAUAAAUCAACCCUUUUCUGGUAUACUAAGUUUAUUGAUAAUCUUAAUAAACAACUCAUACUCUUCAUGUGAUACAGCUUUUUAAGAUGCAUGAAAUUUUGUUAAUUAACAACCCAGGAGCAAAAAUAGAUUCGCUUAAUCACAAAAUUAUUUUCUUAUAGCAAAAAUCAUGUAAAUAAUUUUUAAAAAAUUGCAAAUUAAUAAAAAAAAAUUGAUUUAUUCCCUUGCACUAGCGCGACAUUUUAUGAUGCCUCUUAAAUCAUUUUAAGUUAAAAAAGCCGGAUACCCCACUCACCCGGGUGACCUAUUUACCCGGCAUUGUUUUUCUCUACACUGUUGAUGUUUACCCAAAACACUUGUUUUUAAUGGGAUACAGAGUUAAUCCUUUAAAGUUAUAAUAAAUUUUAAUGCCUAAAUUUUAA